CGUAAGGGGCGGGGCUUUCUCGCACACCGGCAGCGGUCAACAGCACAUCAUGGCAGACAAAGCGCAGAUACAACAGGCGAUAAAAACACAAGGAGAGGUGGUCAGGAAACUAAAGAUAGAGAAGGCUAGUAAAGAACAGUGGUAGGGUUGCUGACCACUUUUCUCCUGUUCUUCCUGCUCGGUGUGUCCACUACAACGGGCGGAAUCCUUUCACAUCCAUCCUCCGGCUACCCUAUCAACCCCUACCUACGGCUGUGGAUUAAUCCUGUGCCUAUUGGACUCACCUUUUUUUGGACUGUACAAUUGUUGGGGGUGGACUCAUGCUGGGGUUACCCUGCCACUGAACUGCUAUAAUCUUUGGAUUUAUCCACCCAUUUUGCUGGAAUUCUUUUGUUUAUACUAUGGGAUUUGUGUCCGUGCGUCUCUGCACCGGAAUCCUUGCUCGCUGGACCGGAAUAUGUCCCCGAUCCGUCUGUGCCUUUUCGGGAAUGACGAUUUCACAGAUUGAUGAGGAGGUCGCCAAACUGCUGGAGCUCAAGGCUCAAAUUGGGGACGAUGGAAAGCAACCCUUCCAGCUCAAGACCGCCAAGGGUACGAGGGACUUCAACCCCAAGCAGAUGGCCAUUCGAGGGAGGGUCUUCAACACCAUCGUCAACUGCUUCAAACGCCAUGGUGCCGAGACCAUCGACACGCCUGUCUUUGAGCUGAAGGAAACGUUAACGGGGAAGUAUGGGGAAGACUCCAAGCUCAUCUAUGACCUGAAGGACCAGGGAGGAGAGCUGCUGUCACUGCGCUAUGACCUCACUGUGCCAUUUGCGAGAUACCUGGCCAUGAACAAGAUCACCAACAUCAAGCGCUACCACAUCGCCAAGGUGUACCGCCGAGACAACCCCGCCAUGACUCGCGGCCGCUACCGGGAGUUCUAUCAGUGCGAUUUCGACAUCGCCGGACAGUACGACCCCAUGAUCCCAGACGCUGAGUGUCUAAAGAUCGUCCACGAGAUCCUGAGCGAUCUCGACCUCGGAGACUUCCGGAUCAAGGUCAAUGACAGACGCAUCCUAGAUGGAAUGUUUGCUGUGUGUGGGGUUCCGGAUGAAAAGUUCCGCACCAUAUGUUCCACAGUGGACAAGCUGGACAAGGUCCCCUGGGAGGAUGUGAAGAACGAGAUGGUGAAUGAGAAGGGUCUGGCCCCAGAGGCCGCAGACCUGAUCGGGGAGUACGUCAGCCUGCAGGGCGGAGUAGACCUGGCAGAGAAGCUGCUCCAGGACCCCAAGCUGUCCCAGAGUAAGCAGGCCUGUGCCGGCCUGACCGACAUGAAGCAGCUCUUCAUCUACCUGGAGCUUUUUAAGGCCACAGACAAGGUGGUGUUUGACCUGAGUCUGGCCCGGGGACUGGACUACUACACGGGUGUGAUCUACGAGGCGGUGCUGACGCAGGCGGGCCCCUCCCCGGUGACCCCGCAGGGCGAGGAGGCCGUGAGCGUGGGCAGCGUGGCUGGGGGCGGGCGCUACGACGGCCUGGUGGGCAUGUUCGACCCCAAGGGCAGGAAGGUGCCCUGCGUGGGGGUCAGCAUCGGCAUCGAGAGGGUCUUCUCCAUCAUGGAGCAGAAGGCCGAGGCCUCGGGAGAGAGGGUGCGCACCACGGAAACGCAGGUCAUGGUGGCGUCAGCGCAGAAGAACCUUCUGGAAGAGCGGUUGAAGCUGGCCACUGAGCUCUGGGAUGCUGGUGUGAAGGCGGAGGUGAUGUACAAGAAGAACCCCAAACUGCUGAGUCAGCUGCAGCACUGUGAGGAUUCGGGGAUCCCCCUGGUGGCCAUCUUAGGGGAGCAGGAGCUGAAGGACGGGGUGGUGAAGCUCCGGAACGUGGCCACUCGGGAGGAGGUGGACGUGUCGAGGGCGGACCUUGUGGAAGAAGUCAAGAACCGAACCCUUCAGUAGCCGAUCAACAACGCUGGCUGCCGGUUACCCAGGAGACAACAGCACUCAAUACGUGUAUCGUGUAAAAAUCACCGAAAAGGCCGUGGCUCUCGCUUGUGUAUGUAUUCUCAGAGGAAGCAGGAACUCUUCUACUCUUCAUCACGACUACUCCAUUCCAAUUUAAUCAAGCCGCGUUGUCACGACGCAACCGCAAAACUGAACCUCGCUUGUGUCCUGUCGAUUCCCUCAAAUAAAAUAACUUGCCAUAUGUAA